AUGCCACCUAUUAACGGGCCUGCUGCAACAGCCGGCGUCAUCGCCAUCUCGGUCGCCGUCGCCGCCGCGAUAGCAGUCUACGAGUCGCCCGAGCUGCAACGCAUGGCCAACGACCUCCGACGUCGAAUCGCCAUCGCCCUUCACUCCUUUGGUGACAGCAUCACCCCCCAAGAACGCGAGAACCUCUUCAAUAGACCCGAAGAUGCCGAAGGAUUCUUGGAGUCGCGGGGUCUGGGUGCCGGUAUGGGUGCAGGUGGCGAACAUGGCGUCGAAGCCGACGAUGAGACCCGUCGACGACAGCGGGAAGAGCUGAUGUACUGGAACGCCAUGCUUCAAGAGAAGAAAGAGAAGGAGAACAGAGAAGACUCGGAAAAGGUUCAUACAACACGGCGGCGAACGUCUACGCGAGGUUCCAGCUUUGAUGAUUUCUUGCGGCAGGACGAUAAUGCCGAGAAGGGAACAUACGUAUAUCAGACCGGCCACGAAACCCAGAACAACGAAGCCCUGGUCCGACGCCGUGCCGACGGCCUACGAGGCCUCAACGCUUCUAUGUACACGAACCCCUUCGCCGACGAGCAUGGCAUCGAUGACGAUAUUGCCCUCGAGAACAGCUUGAUGGACCCAGAGAAGGACGAACUAUUGUCGGAUAUCUACAGCGCCACAGAUCUGGGCCAGGACGAGCCAUCGCGAAACGCCACUCAAUCGCCAUCACCUGCUAUUCCUACCCUCGUCGAAGUUGGCGAGUCAACUUCUCAGCCAGAACAGCCUCAGUCCUCGGAACACGAGCUUGGCCGAGACGAGUUUAUGACUGCUGGGCAAGGAGACCGAGAGGGGCGUCAGGAUGCAUACAGCUUGAUCCAGGCAUGGGCGAAGGAGACAUCAAACCCCACAUCAAACUCCGGAUUCUACUCACCACUCCCAGAAACACCAGAGGCGCCUCUGUCAGAGCCCGAGCUGAUUAGCGACGGGGAGAUGACUCCCACAGACUCUGGUUCCCUGGCCGGUUCUGGCGUGGAUGUCGCAGAAGAAGGCGCUUCCGCCAGAUCAGGCAGCCAGGGUAGAUAUUACGACGUCGUGAGCGAUGACGAAGGCAUGAUGACCCCGGCGAGCUGGACCGAGGUCGGCAGCGUAGUCAGCGAGAGCGACAGCGGCGCUGUUCAUAGCACUCAUCUCCCCGUUUCUCGUAUAUCAUAG